AGCCGGAAGACACGACAGACGUCUGCGAUGGAGUACUUCCGAAAAUACCUUGGAGCACCACAAGAGGGUGGUCAACCCACGGGAGCUGAAACGGUUGAGAGGCUUGUAGACAGAGUUCAGUCAUCCACACUACUAGAUGACCGCAGAGAUGCUGUUCGGGCUCUCAAAGCCAUGUCUAAGAAAUUCAGACUGGAGGUUGGUACACAAGGAAUGGAUAUCCUGACCAAGACAUUAGAAGCAGACAGAGGUGAUGCAGAAAUCACAGGCUAUGCACUUGAUGCUCUCUGCAAUAUUUUGUCUAAUGAACCACUAGAUGAUGAUGAAGAAGAGAUUCAGGAGAAUGUUCCAGAUGAUCUUGGGAACCAGUUCACAGAAAUAUUUAUAAAGAAAACAGAUAAUGUUCCAUUACUGUUGUCACUGUUGGAGGAGUAUGAUUUCCACAUUCGUUGGCCAACUGUGCGACUACUUACAAUUCUGUUGACCAACAAAGGCAAAGAAUUACAAGAGAUUAUCCUAGUCAGUCCAAUGGGAGUAUCUAAACUGAUGGACUUAUUGUCAGACAGCAGAGAAAUCAUACGCAAUGAUGCUCUUUUGCUGCUGAUUCAGCUGACAAAGAACAAUGCAAACUUGCAAAAGAUUGUUGCUUUUGAAAAUGCUUUCGAAAGACUGUUUGAUGUUAUUACAGAAGAAGGUGACAGUGAUGGAGGUAUUGUAGUAGAAGACUGUCUGAUAUUGCUGUUGAAUCUACUCAAGAAUAAUGCAUCAAACCAGAAUUUCUUUCGUGAGAGCAGUUACAUACAGAGAUUGUCUCCUUUUUUCAAUUUAAAGUCUGACCAGCAAACAUCCCAACCUGGUUGGUCGGCACAAAAAGUCACUAAUAUACACAAAAUGUUACAGUUGGUUCGUACUUUAGUGUCUCCUAACAGUCCACAACAACAGAUGUCAUCAUGUCAACGGUCAAUGUUUCAGUGUGGCUUAGUACAACAGUUAUGUACCAUACUGAUGGCUAGUGGUGUGCCUGCAGAUGUCCUCACAGAGACCAUUAACACUGUGGCAGAGGUGAUCAGAGGCAACCCACAAAAUCAAGAGUAUUUCGCUUCUGUGAUGGCUCCGUCCAACCCUCCCAGACCAGCCAUUGUGGUACUGUUGAUGUCAAUGGUAAAUGAGAAGCAGCCUUUCACACUGAGAUGUGCUGUCCUCUACUGUUUCCAGUCUUUCCUCUACAGGAAUGAGAUCGGACAGUCUCAGAUAGUCCAGACACUCCUACCCACAUCAUCUGAUGCAAAUACAAUAUCUGCCGGCCAGUUACUUUGUGGAGGGCUUUUCAGUGCUGAUUGCCUGUCAAACUGGUUUGCUGCUGUAGCCCUGUUACAUGCCAUUAUGGAAAACCCAACGCAGAAGGAGCAACUCCUACGAGUCCAGCUAGCUACCAGCCUUGGUAGUCCUCCUGUCUCGCUGCUGCAGCAGUGUUGCAACAUAUUGUCACAGGGUGGUAAGAUCCAGACCAGGGUAGGACUACUGAUGCUGAUGUGUGGAUGGAUGUCUAGCUGUCCAAUAGUUGUGGCCCACUUCCUCACAAACACAGCCAACAUACCAUUUCUGAUAACCCAGGUGUCUGCAUCAGAGAGUGACGAGAAUGAAACUCUGGUCCAGGGAUUAUGCUCAUUUUUACUUGGAAUAUGUGUCCUUGAUAAUGAUGAUCAAAACGAAACAUUUAAUAGAGCAUCUUUACGACAAAUAAUAGAGAAAAGAAUAGGUUUAGAAUCCUUUUCUGACAAGUUAACACAGAUACCAAAGAAUGAGAGCUAUACAAAUGCAGCUAAAAAACCCAAUUUCACUUACAAACAUCCCAGUGAGGUGGUGUUUGAUUUUGAAUUUACAAGAAUAUUUAAAACUCUAGAAGUUGACAUUUUGAAUACGGUCUCACCAAAUGCUAAUGCUGCAGAACACAAACAGAAAAUUGCUAAUUUACAGGAGCAUGAAAAGGUGGUCAACCAAUACAAGGAACUUAUUCAAGAACAGGACACACAGUUAAAAAGUGUGACCCAGGAGUUGGACCUGUUGCGUUCACAAAACAUCUCGUCCACAAGCAAUUUAAGUGAACUACGGGAACAGGUGCAACAACUUAAGGAUCAGAAUGCACUUCUGAAAGCACAGAAAGGUUCUCAAGGAGCAGUGCUAGAUACAAAGAAAGAUGAUGACCUGAGAAAUCUUCAAGAAGAAUUGGAAAGGUUAAAGCUAUAUGUAUCAGAAAAAGAAACAGCAAUGGAGAAAUUGAAGGGAGAUCUGACGGUGUCAGAGGCUAAGGUGUUGGCAUAUCAGACAGCAGGGGAGGAGGACAAGGAGAACAACCCUAGUGAAGUUGCUGUGUUACAAGCAACAGUUAAUAGAAUCAAGUGUGACCUCCAGGAAGCUCAACAUAUAGUGACUGAGAGGGAUGCUGAAGUCUCACGACUCGCUACACUACACACUGAAGCACAGAAACAGAUAGAAUAUCUGAAUCAAGUCAAAAAUGAAAAUUCAAGUCAAGCAGCUGGAGGAGGAGAUUCAGUAUUAUUACAGGAAGAAAUUCAAAAACUUUCAAGUGAAAAGUCAACUUUACAGGAAAGACUGACAAAGGCCAAUGAAGACAAUUUGAACCUUAUAGACAAAGCUAAUAAAGCUCAAGAGGAGACUAAACAAGUUAUAAAAGAAAAGAAUGAGGUUGCAGAAGAAUUGGAUAAUCUUAAAAGAGAACAGGAAGAUUUGUUAGUUUUACUGGCAGACCAGGACACCAAAAUAGACACAUACAAGACCAGGUUAAAAGCACUCGGGGAACAGGUGGAAGAGGAUGAUGAUGAUGAUGAUGAUGAUGAUUUAGGUGAUGAUGAUUUAGAUGAAGAUGAGGACUGAGAAAUAAAGCAUGCCAGAUUGUGGAGUUAGAAUGCUCAGUGCCUUGAGUACUGCAAUAAAAUCCUGUGAUACAGAUAAUUGAAUUCUAGAGACAUUGUUCAGGGAGAAAACCCUGUGGAACGGAUAAUUUAAUUCUAGACAUUGAUCUUGGAUAAAACCUUGGCAGAAGCAUCCUAGAUGGUUUGGGUAUCAGUUUGUGCACCAGAGAGUUGACUUCCUUUUGUUAGAUGCUUGAAUGUAGGCAUUUCUAGAGUAAGAAGAAUGACACUAAUGUAUUCUGUGUAGCUUAAGAAAGUUCUAAUUACUGAAAUUUCUUUUACAGUCAAUUUUUUGUUCAAUCUGAUUAAGACAGUUACAAGUCCAUGUCCAUGUAAAUAUUAAUUAUUACAUGACUGUAUCAUGGGCAGGAAGUUAAGUGCCAAAUCAUGGUUUUGUAAUGUUUAUCUUGGCAUAAAUUUUGGCAAAUUACAUUUUGAAAACAAUGAGAUGAAUAGUACAUGUACUUGGAAUUGUGAGAUUUUUGUGCAAUGUUUCAUUUUGCUUUUUUAACUGUUGUGAAUUCCUUUCUUUUGUAAGUCAGGUAAUUUUGUUUCAAUUUCAAUGAAAAAUAAAAGUCUUCAUUCUGAGAUUAAAUUCCAUCCCAGUAAUUAAUGGUCUAUUAGCAUUCCAAAAAGUACAGAUCAAGUAAAGCAUUCACCAAAACCAUUUUUGAUUAUAACAUUUUACUCCCAGUAUAUGUACCAUAGAAACAAUAGAAAGGAAUACCACUGAACAUAAAGACCUUUCCUGUUUUGAGAUUUCAAUAUCAUUUUUUUUUAACUUUCAUGUUUGUGUUUGUGACUAUCAAACCAGUGUGAUUUAUGACCUUGUGCACAUUAUAACUGAACAACGAUAGGCAGCAUCUCAGAGAAAUGUGUUGUUUAUUUAUUACCACUGAUUGAUGCUGUGUUGUUGAGCUUUAGGAAGAAUGGGAAAUUUUUUUAUGUGGAAGUGAAUGUUAGAAAAUUAACAUGAAAUGUGAAGGUUAGGAAAACUACCAAUAGUAUUACAUGGUAUAUGAUCCCUGCUUCUUCUCUAUACAAUAUACUCUGAUUAAAUCUCACUGUCAAGUUAGAUUUUUUUACCCGACAAAAAAACUAGACUGAUCUGAAAACCUGCUAAUGGAUCAGCAUGUAACAUCUGAAAUGUAUUUUUUAAAAACUGUAUAAGGAUUUGAAGAAGUCUAUUGUAACAUUAUAUUUCAGUACAUGCAGGUUUUACAUGUGGUAAAUUGUUUUCAGCUAAGAUCCGAUCAGGUUUGCAGUAUUUCUCCAUUUAAAUUAUGGUUAGAGAUUUGCUUCACACAUGGACAAAUAUUCAGUUGUCCAUGAGAGAUAUGCUGUUCUGUGUUUGUAUGGUACAAUAUUAUGUAUCUGGGAGAGAUAUGCUGAUCUUAGUGUUUUGUAAUGGUAUAUCUAACCUUACCAAAUGUUGCAUAAUUAUGAAUAUCAGUUAUAGUGUAUGACACAAGUGCUAUUUGUGUUGGCUGUGAGGAGAUUCUUAUGUGCUGUGCUUUAGAAUCAGAGACAAUUGCCCUAUUAUACUUUGUAUUAGAGUAUCUUACCCCAAGAAGUUCCCAGCUUCAGUCAUAUUAAGAUGGUAGCCUCCGUGUAUGUAUGUAUGGAAUGUCAGUGAUGAAAAAGCACCAGUGUGUUAAGUGUAGUUGCUUCAUUUUUAAAUCUAUCAUGUACAUACUAUCCAAUAGCAGCACCUGUAAAGUGUAUAGAAAGAGGAAAGAUUUUGAAAGCAUUGUCUACAUAUAUGAAGUCAGAGGGGGCUGAAGUUGUCGUUUUUGUUUCCUUUCCUCGUAUUAAAUUCACUCAUAAUUCUUUUCAUCCCUUGUCAUAGGGAUAUUCCAGAUAUAACGAAAAAAGAGAAUUUUCAUAACCUCACUUCCUGAUUUGUUUUUCCUGUGAAUUCAUAUACUUUAAGUUAGUCAUUUCCAGAACUCACUUAAUCUUAUCUUGACAUUCGUUUCAUUUCUGUAUUUGUAGAACCUUCUGCUCUUUCUACCUCAUCCCCUUAAUAUUUCUAUCUGAUGUGACUCUAAGUAACUACAUCUGUCAUCAAUUUGGUCAUAUUACAACAAAGAGCAGGGGAGUAUCAUGCAAGAUGUUAUAAGGAGCACUUUCAUCUGUGUUAUUGUGAAGAGAACAAUAACAGGAACUCAUUUUUCAGGAAGUGUAAUUUUAAAGAACUUCAACAUAAUAUCUAUCUAUAAAUCAUAUCAAUAAUAUAGCCAUUACAUGUAUAAUUGUGGGAAGAUACAUAAAUGGAUGAACAAAUUGAAAAAGGUGUGAAUGGUUCUGUUGUUUAAGCCAGUUUUAUUACUGAUAGACAUGAGGGGGUUUGUUUUGUUUUAAUGCACAGAUCAUAGAGUUAAUUUUAAAAUAAUGUCUUGUGUAUAUCAUUAUAUUUACCUAUACAACGGUUGUUGAAAACAUGAUAUAAAUAAAAUUUAUUACCUAAGGUA